GUCUUAUCUGCUUAAUACUACAGACUGUCAAAUUGUCAAGGUUCAAGGAGUGUGUAUUUUUAAAUAGAAUUGAUAAUUUUUCGCCAUCAUUCGUUUUGAAAUAAGGUUUUGAGUCAGGAUACCACAAAUGAAUUAACAAGCUGUGUGUGUCAUCGCAUCAGUAGCAGCUUAAGCUGCUUAUAGUAGCAUGAAGAUUAUGGUGGAGUGAUAAUUCAUCGUAUACUUAAACCAUUUUAAAGAUCAUGGCACCAAUUAAACGGCCAAAGCGUUACGGAAGAUACGGUGCAGAGCCAGGUGGCGAAGCCUGCAACAUCCCUCGAAGCACAUUUAAUGGGCGGCUGAGGACCACUGGAGGACAGUCACAAAUAGUCGAAAUGCCCUCUUCCGCACGAGCAGCAGAAAUAAAUGGAGACAACAACAGAAAUAUAGACGAAGACAACCGUGAUCCUCUACCACUACAUCAUCCAUACAUCACGAAUUCAGAUGACGAGUUGGAUGCAAACACACAGUGUGUGGUGGUUGCAGGUGACGAAGAAGCGCACAGCCAUCAGCAAUCGACGCCUUCUCCAACAGUAACGGAUGAUGAACCUAUCCACCCUUCACUUGUUUUGGGUAAAGGAGAAUUACUAUCUCUAAUUCUAGCUUCCUAAUCCGCUAUAUGUUGUCAAAGUCUUGCCUUGAUUGCUUGUUGCACUUGUUAUAUUUAAUGGUGCCAGGAUGUGUUCCAUAGAAUAAUUAUUUCUUUGAUAAAAUCAUUGGCAACUUCACGUCACACAGCAUUGUUCUUCAUUUCAAGUGUCCCGCCUGUGAGGGCUAUCUCGGCAGGGAAGAAGUUACCCAUCUAUAUUGUACGCUUUGCGAUUUAAACUAUGAAAGGAAGGAGCUUGAAAAGAAACACAGUUAUUUCCUUUCAAGUUCAUUAGAAUCACAAUUACGCGAUAUGUUGGAAAAUACUAAUCUGUGGGAUCACAUUUCAAAAGUUAAGCAAGACAUUCUACGUGGAAAUUUCAACGGUUAAAUAGGAGAAGUUUAUACUUGUGGUUCAUACCAGAGGCCUAAAGUUAAAUCGUUCCUGUCUGCUGGGGACAAUUUCACGGCGACAUUCAGCACGGACGGUGUCCGUUAUUCAAAAUCAUCAAAUAAGGAAUUUUGGCCAGUAACUGUAACGAUUAACGAGUUAAAUGUAUUUUUGAAACCCUCUUUUAUGGCAUUGACAGCACUGUGGUCUGAAUCGAAGCCCAAACCAGAAACAUUUAUUCUCCCUUUUGUCCAAGAAGUUCAAAAACUAGAUCACGAAGGUUUCACCUGGAUACGGAACGGUAUUAGUCAUGUCUCUCGCGUUAGACUCAUUAUUGGUGUAAUAGACGCUCCGGCACGUACAAUGGUUGCAAAUAUUAAUCAAUUUAACGGGGAAUAUGGUUGUGGGUAUUGUCUUGACACCGGAACUAGAGUUAAGAAAGGAAAUGGUCAUGUUCAGGUCUAUCCUAAAAAAACUCCUCUGCCCGAACUAAGAACUCAUGCCAUGACUUUACAACAUGCCACCAUUUGUGCUGAACGAAACUUGACGCAUUUUCAUGGGGUGAAGGGGCCAUCUAUUCUAUUUCUUCUUCCGUUUUUCAAUGUUCUAUCUGGGCUCGCCCCAGAUAUAUGCAUUGCUCGUUGUUGGGUGCCACAUUUCAAUUUCUAAAGUUGUGGCUAACAUCAACUGGUGCUCCUUAUUAUAUACAACGUGCCGAAUGGAUUGACCAAGUUUUAUUAUCAAUCAAACCGCAAAACCAAAUAAGACGAACCCCAAGAUCGAUCGCAAAAUUCCUCUAUGUGUUGAAAGCUAGUGAGCACCGAAAUUGGCUCUUAUUUCACUCUCCAAUUGCUCUCAAAGGGAUCCUUAGUAGUACUUAUUACAAUCAUUGGCUAUUAUUGGUAAAUACAUUUCGCUUAUUGUUGGGGAAAAAUUUAACAAUUUUAGAUUUAGCCACGGCUAGGAUGCUUAUCCACAGAUUCAUUGAAUUAGUACCUAGUUUAUAUGGGCAGGAGAAUUCUAGCUACAACAUACAUAUUCUUCAACAUGUAAUCGAACAUGUUGAACGCUGGGUAGCUCCAUGGUCCAGUUCAUUCUUUAUAUUUGAAGAUGCCGGAGACAUGUUAAAAAAUGAAUUUCACGGUAUAACCUUCGUCAACCAUCAAAUAUUUGGCCGUUCUUUAGCAAGAAGAAAUUAUAGAAAUAUUAGUAGAAAAUUCAUUGCUUUUGCAGCUGAUGUAGUGCGUGACUUUUACGAGUUCCUAGAUUCACCUUUGUCAUUUCACGUAGACGAAUCAGCUAAUUUUAUUUGCCAGCCACUUGGGGGAAAGGAAAUUGUGUUGUUGUCAGCAUCUGAAUGGUUAGCUGUGAAAACCGUUUUACCAAAUUUAAACUGCAUGUUUGCCUUUUCUUACAAGAGAAUGGCAAUCAUAGGGCAACAAUUUUCAACAAAGUUUUACAGUGAAAAUGAUAAAAGAGAUAACUCGGUUGUUUCGCACGGUGAAAAUGUGCGGAAAGUUUAUGAGAUUCUUAAGAUUGUUCUAUUAAAUACAAAAUGUAAUUGCCGGAAUGAUAAAAAUUGUCUGAUUAAAAUAAAAGAUCGGACAGGGCAGCAAUCUGAUUAUUCAAAUGUGAUAGUAUUAGCCAAACAGUUAGCUUUAAGUCAAGUGCCCUCCAUUUAUGAUCCUGUUUCCUCCCUUAAACUUCCUUCAUACAAGAAGUGAAGAGAAAUGUUGUAUCCCCAAUAGGGGUGUUCGAUUUUUUUUUU